AUGACAAUGGAGGGCGCCCUGGAAUCGGAUAGCAACAUCUUGCUCGAAAACGAAAUACUGUCUACGAUAUUCGCUACCCCACCCGAGCAGCUCGAGAAAUACCGGUCUCUCGCCAAGGCAUAUCUAGAUUACUACCGGCGCGAUAUCGGAAAAUUUGAGCACAAUGACGUCCUCUUUCUCGUCCGGCGGCUCAGGGACUGCCCAGGGACCAAAAGGAGCGAAAUCCAGUCUGACUUGAUAAAUCGUCGCAACACGCGAUUAUCAGACCCCGACGACGCCUCGCCGGUUGCGGGACCGGCUAUUUCCCAAACCCUAGCGGGGAAUUUGGUCAACGGCAUGGCGAAACCUGAGGCGUACCUCAGCGUCGCCGUGCGGGUCAUGCUGGCCCUCAAACUCGACGUCUGGGAGAAGGGCGGGCUCGGCAUUCCGUGGAAGGAAACAAAUUCGCUCGAGGAAACGGUCGGGAAGAUAUUUCCCUUCGACAAGCCUGAAGACGGCGUGCCUUCCAUGCCCAUCAAGAACAGCAAAUUACGCGCACGCUACAUCCGCGAUUACGCCUCUGUCAAGCUGAUCUGGACCAACUAUCUCUCAGAGCAUUUGGAACUCAAAACAGACAAAGUGCCCAAGGAGCUCAAAAUCUUCAGUGAAGCUGCCAAUGCAAAUGUGAGCCACUCCGACCAUGAUCCAGCUAGCCGGUCCGCGAGAGUCCCGACUGACGCGCCGAUCCGGCGACCUGUCGAUAGGGGCUACUACGACGCCGACUUCCUCUGGGAGACCCUGAUGACAUACAGGCUGCUCUUUCCGUUCCAAGACCAGAACUGGCUGGAGGCCCUGAUUCGCCGAGGCGGGGACGAUAGCCCCAUGGACCAGCGUCUUACAGAGCCAGCAAUCAUGAAGAUCCCGUGGGACAGGCGAGCGUACGAGCUGCCACUACGAAGAUGCGGCGAGCUCUUCAAGCGGUAUCCACGCUGGGCCGUGCGGCUGCAGCUCAUCUUCGAGGAAGCUGACGACCCGACCCCCGUUACAGCCAUGGGCAUGUGGUUCGACCGCCACAAGGCAUCGCGCCACGCCUUCGGAAUCACCGUCUUCGCCUUCAGCGUCACCAUCCUCUUCGGGCUCCUCUCGCUGGGCCUAGGAGGCGCCCAGAUCUGGAUUGCCUAUUGCACCUGGCAUCCCUCUGGUAACGGCAUCUGCUGGACCGCCCCGGCGACUGGGGCGAGUGGGAAUUAG